AUGAAGUCCGACGACUACCCGAACGUCCUCAACCUCUACCAGGUCGUUCACCGCGGACACGCCAUGCUGAACGUUUGUCUCCAGGAGGCAUUCCAAUUCCACGUUGCCGGACGCCCAUUCCAAACUUCUUCGUUGCUUGUGCAAACGCGACGGAUGCAAUUUGCCGAAUGGGCUUACUACGUAUCUCGACUUCAACAAGCUCCCAAUACCCGUGAGGUCUUUCUAAAUCGACCUCGUUGA